AAGCAAGCUUCUCUGAAAGGCAUGAACAGAAAUCUCAUGGCACUUCACAUGACUCACCCGCGUAGAGAAUCCCCGCCGGCUAAAAGUGAAUCUCUACGGAAAACGGAAUAAAAGGAGUCCUGUCAAAGACUAAGAGAGUCACGCUCCCCAUGCCGAUUUGGAAAUCGCCCUUCGAACAGGAAGCAGAAUGAUCCUUAGGAAAAAGACGCCCAAGUCUCCCCAUCUGUACCCGAAAGGGUUUGCCUGUCUCUUCCUCUGCCUUCACGUCAGCGCCUCGUGCCCUCAACUCUGCCAAUGCACAGACCACACUGGGGUUAUGGUGGUUUACUGCAGUUCGAGAAAUCUCAGAGAAAUCCCAAAGGAUAUUCCAAAAGAUACGGUGUUCUUGAAGUUAGAUGCUAACAAAAUCUCCCAGAUCCCCAGUAACGCUUUCAAGAACCUGACCCAUUUGCAAGAGCUGGAUUUAUCGAAAAACACCAUUGAGACGAUUGACAUCGCCGCCUUCAAGGGAGUGGCCGGGGGGCUGAGGCUGCUCGACCUCUCCAACAAUCACAUCCGGAGCCUUCCCAAGGAAGCCCUCGUCAAGCUCAAGGCCAAAAUCCGCCUCUCUCACAACCCCUGGCACUGUGAGUGUACCUUACAAGAGGUCCUGUGGGAACUGAAGCUCGACCCCGAGUCCGUCAACGAGAUCACCUGCCAGACCGCCGUGCAGGAGGAGUAUAUCGGCAAAUCUCUAAUUCGGGUUCUGGAUUCAGGAACCAACUUCUGCAACAUCCACCACAAGACCACGGACGUCGCCAUGUUCAUCACCAUGUUUGGCUGGUUCGCUAUGGUGAUUACAUACGUCGGGUACUACGUUCGGCAAAAUCAGGAAGAUGCGAAGCGGCACUUGGAAUACCUCAAGUCCCUGCCCAGCACCCAGGAUGCUAAGGAUUCUGACGCCAUCAACACUGAACUCUAAUAGCCAAGUCAAACUUAACUGUGCCGUUACACUGGGGACGGGCGACUUAAGAGACUUUUGUUAGAAAUGCAAGAGAGAGACACCUUACUAAUAAUCUGAGAAGAGAGAGAUGAUGAUAGGGUACUUGCUACAGGUUUCCUGGAUCACCUCUGAAGGUAGAGGGUUUAAAAUUAUAGUUUCUAGCCUUGGCAUUAAAAAAGAAAAAGAGAGAUGCUCCCACUCAAAAAUGGACAUUCCUAACCCAAGCUGAUAAUAGUCAAGACCAGUUGUUUGAGCAGGAGAGUUUCUCCACCCAAGGCUACGUAAAUCUCAAAGGCAAGAGACAAGUGAGUCAAGAGACAGAGAAUUGCAACGGUGCUAUGUCCCUGUGGCAGAUCCUCAAGAGGAAGGCUUCUGAAAGUUAGAAACAGUACUCGUCCACCCCAAGUUUGGAAGGUCACAAGUGAGGGGAGCAGAGAAAGGAAAAGCCCAUUCACUCUGUGCCUGGUCGGUAAUAGGCAGGGAAUCAUUCCUGCCUCUGGCUGUGAUUGUGCCUUGUUUUUUAUUCCUUUGAGUUAACUUCGAAAUGUUCCACCUGAACGGGAGAAUGAUGAAAGUUCUUAGUAGCUUCCAACACAUGUUACUUCACCACAGCUUAACAACCCUCCAGCGGCAUGACAAAAGUGAGCAUCUGGC